AUGAACAAUAUCCUCACAUCGAUACGAACUACAUUCGAACGUCUGGAAUAUGUUGAAUUCUCUUCGAAGUUACGGUUUGUUCGACGUCAUCCAAAGCGACGUUUCGCUGUUGCUAUUGCCGUGAUUCUCUUGCUUCUGUACAUAUUUUUUUCUGGAGAACGGAAAGAAGUGAUUACUGUAGCCCAACAAUGUUUGAAUGAUAGACUUCAAUUUUGGUCACAACAGUUCGACGAUCUGGAUCUUGGAAUAGAUCGAUCGUCCGUUAACUUCAUAGGUAAUGGCCAUAUAGGGGUUGAUAGUAAUGGGCAAUUGAGAUUCACUUCUAGUUCAUCUAGAGUUCUGAGUUUUAAGUCGGGCUUCACGCCUUUCAUAGUUACAUCAAUGGAAGGUAAUAGAGAAACUGCAGAAAGUCUAGUUACAGACUUUAAAAACGGAAUAGUCAGGAAAAUCAUGUGCUUUUCUGUGAAUAACGAAUGUGCUUGUGUAUUAAGAUCGUACUUUGCACAUAGGACUCGACCAAAUGUUCUGAUCGAAGAUGUUCAGAUUAUUAAUCCUACGAAAGCUUCUUUCACGAUUCAAGUGAGUAGACCCAAUCCUAUAACACCAUGGACUCAGAACAAAACGGGUGAAGCUACUGUUUGGUCUCGAGAGUAUGAUGCUGUCUCUGAUCGACGCCGAGUUGCUUCUAUUAUAUGCUCUAAUGCUCCAGGAUCUGUUAGUGUCCUUCAGAAGAGAGAAGAAAACUUUAGGUUCACAUGUGUAGUUGAAGAAACAGAUAGUUCUUCUGACAAGCCCAUUCAAGAAGUUCGAGAUACUCUGUUCAAGAAAAGCAUCGCCGAAUUCAGUAAUGUAAAUACAGAAAGUAGUUCUACUUUAGACAGUGAGCAUAUGGCAGCAUGGAAUAAAAUUAGCUCUCCUAGCUUUUUCUUAUCACAUUCAAAGGCUCCAAACGUGUUGAAUGGGGAUAGAAUAAAUGCUACACGUUAUAUUAUUCUGAGUAACACGAAGGCACUAACUUUAGAGAAAACUACGAGUGAAGAAGACAUAAAGCUUGCACGACGAAACGAAAGAUGCUACACAGGUCAUUCUACAUUGUUAUAUCCUUCUAGGUUAUGGCAGACCUGGGAGAAUCCGGAAGAACUCAUUUCUAUCGCCGAUGUUUGGUUACUCACGCUUGAAAAGAGAGGUUGCUCGAAUUAUGUCAAGGCAGGAUCAGAAGGCGUUGCUGAGGCUUUUGUGCUGUCAUUGAUGGCUUGCUCUUUCCACGAUGGUCAUCUUGAAAUGGAAAUGGCUGCAAGUGAUCUUCAUAGGGAAAUGGCCGUAUCGGAUAUUCCGAUAGGAGUAGCAGGAUCAAACGUUUCCAUACGAGUUAUUAUUCAUUCGGACAAUAAACCAUAUUUGGAUGUAGCUGCAGCAGGUAGUUUAUAUGCGUGUGAUGCAGGCUGCUUGGAUAUGCCUGUAACAUUAGCCAAAACAUUCGCAAGGUUGCCUGUCAAAGUGACAAAACCUCAAACUAGUAUUCUCUAUGUGGCUACGAACAGAAAGCAUUUAGAGCAAUUAAGAUCUGCUAUUCAUGUUUCUGAAGUUGGAGCAGCUCCUGCUCACGAAGAAGAUGUUCUCUCUAUGCAUAGACAUGGCAGUCGUUGGGGUGGAUUGCCCACUUCUUUCUGGGUCUUCUUAGGUGUAAUCCUGAUAGCUUUCCACGUGUUUUUAGCAAAGUUACUUUGGUCUGAAUGGAGGAAAGGAGAUAUGACUCCUUAUAACCCAUACCUUCGAAACCGUUAUAGUUAUUCUCGAUCUCAUUAA